AUCCCAUGGCACCCAGCCCCGGGGAGGUUUGGGGCUCAGCCUUUGCUGCAGAGGUAGCUUCACUCUUACAAAGCUCCUUUGUACGUGUGCUUUUUAACCCGCUCCUGAACCUGCUGAGGUGGAUCAAGCAUUUGCAUGACCUCAUGGUCAAACUGAUGAUGAAUUUUACAGACUCUUUUCUUUGCUAGGACAUGAGCUUGGAUAUCUUACUUUGCAUGCUGUAAUUAGCAAUUAGCAGGCAGGUGGAGCCUAAAGGCAGGCAGCGGUGUCAAAUCUUUAGAUAUCAGGAUGGAACUCAGAGCUGGAGUUGAAUUUGAGGGGAAAACAGGAAGGAUUCCAGCUCACAUUUCGGCUGUCACAGUGUACUUUCUCAGGUACAUCUGUGGCUGUGAGGGGUGCUGUGCUAAAGGGGAGAGGUCUUAGCCUGAAUGUCUGGGGCUUAGUGCUGGAAGGAAGUACAAAAAUGGCUGGAUGAGGCCAGGCAAGGCUGCAGCACAACACAGGUCCUGCAGCAGCAUGAGACACUCGUGCCAACCUCUGUGAUGCUGUGGAAACCUUGAGGCUGUGAAGAGGAUCCUAUGGGGUGAGAGGACUGCCUGGAAGCUGUGUUUGGGAGGAGGGGGAUUUCACUGGGAUGUCACAGAAACAGCAUCCCUCUCUCUUCCUCCUGUGAUGGGGUCUGUGGGGCUUAGAGAUGGAUGUGGAGCCUGGGAGAUACUAAGCCAAGCAGUCUGGUCCAGUCAGUGGCAAAGACAGGGCAGGAGCAGGUCUGGGGGCAGUGCCAACCCAGUGCAUUAAUGUUGUUGGUCCUCUCUUCCUCUGCUUUUUCUUGCAAACUGGGAAGAGACCAACCAGCACCUGGCCUUUUUUCACAACAAGGGGCUAGAACCACAUUUCUCAGCACCGCCUGGACCUUCCUUUCCCUGUAGACCUGGAGAACUAUGGAGUGCAUUGCUUGUCCUGCUCAUCAUUGGAGCAUGUGGUGACAACCACUGGGUGGUGCUGGACAGAUAUGAUGAAUGGAUCCAGGGCAUGCCACCAAAUGUGAUCUUCUAGUAGGGCUUGGUAUAGUCAUCCCAGCUCCCACCCAGAGGGUAUGGGCAGGAUUUAGGCUGGAGAAUGCAAGAUGACACCUUGGAGAAGAGAGAGCUAAUAGUGCUUUGAGACAAGGCUCUGGGCUGUGCUGCUUAUCUUGCAGUAACUUUGGGCUUUUAUGGUCCCACCCAGGCCAUCGCCCUGGCUGGUUGGUGUUGUAGGAUUAAGUGCUUUUUCUUGGCUGUGUCUUGCAGGGUGAAGUGGCCCAGGUAAGUGUUGCUCGUUUUGCUUGUGUUCCCAAUGAUCCGCUGCUCCCCACCCUCCUGACUGCAAGAGGCGGCUCCCGAGCGAGUGAGCUGCCCAGGUUUGGUGUGGUUGGGUUUCAUUUUAAAGGUACGCUGUCCCCUGUGUAAGCCUGAACCACAGCAAGUGGACCUUCUCAUCUAGAAAGAGAGAAAAAUCACUAUUUUGCCUCUGAAUUUAGUGUGAAGCUCCUGGAUGCUUGGGCUGCUGCAGGGUCUCUGUCGGUGCUGACCUUAUAGCAAGUUUCUGGAGCAGUGCAAAGCAGAGAGGGGCAACGGGAGCAGCUUUCAGCACCCUGCACAGCAGUGCCUCCGUCCUUGCCUGGACAUGCACAUUGCUGCAGAAGCAGAGUGACAGUAACCUGUCUCCUUGCAGAACACCAGGUGUGCUGCAGCACAAGGGAAGGAGGCUGCAGCAGUUGUGUUGGCGGUGCUGGUGCCGUGCUGCUGGCUUGUGUUGGCUGUGCAAAAUGCUGGCGCUUCCCCCUCUGUCCCCAUCACCACAGCUGGGGUCAGAGAGCUCCGUGUCCUUUGUAGCUGAAGCAUUGGCAGUGUCUUCACGUGGGCUGACAAAACAGACACUGAGGAGUGGCUGUGACCUGCUGGGCAGCCCUGCAGCGAGCUCAGACCUCAGCAGCUCUGCUCUUUGGCUGUCUCUUUGUUGGGACCCUGAGCUCUGUGAAUCCACCAGGAUUUUGGAAGUGACACAAGGGACACUGUUUCUUUAAAAGCUACCAAGUGCCUUGCAGUGCAUGUCGUUGCCACUUGCCUGGGAUUGCUGCUGGUGGUGCAUCUCUUAGCGCGGUCUCUAACCUUUGUGAGUUUGGCAUUUCUCACUGUGGAAGUGCUGGUAUUCCUGGGUUGGCAGCAGGCACCAGUGGGAAGCAAAAGGCAGCAGCAAAGCAGGAGGGUGGAUGUGGCAGCUGUGCAGCCCUGCCUUCUGCACUGGGACAGGGAGGAGUUGAGCCAGGCCGCACCUGGCAUGGAGAGAGGGGAUGUGCUGAGCCAUCCUCCUGGAGGCUGGGGCAAGUGUGAGGGAGUUCUCCAAAGCUGAAGGCAGAAAAUGCAUCACUGCUGUGCUGGAAGCUGUGGGUGACCUAUGGGCUCAAACAGUGGUUUUUAAAUGGAGAUUGAGCUGUCAUAACAAAUCCCUGCCCAAAUGGAGAGUCUUUCUGGAAGCGCUUGGAGGCAUUGCAGGCUCAGAAAUGCAGAGGGAAACCAGGUUUAUCUGUGGGGUGGAGUGGGAAAUAAAAGCAAAUUAGGAGCUCUGGUCAGCACCCAGCUCUCAGUAGGGAGGGGAAAGCAGAAAAAGGUAAAGAAAAGGAGGUAAAACACCCUGCAGCCCAAGUGCUGCCAGUGGGCAGGCCCAAGCCAAGAGCUGUGGGAUGCAGCUUGGCCAUCCCUGUGCAGAGCCUGGUAAUGAGCCCAGUGCUUGUGGGUUUAAAAAGAGAAGGAGUAGGAAAUGCCACGGGGAGGUGUGUUGCAGAGGGUAACAGUGCUGGGAUGCCCUCUGAUGUGGGGAGCUUUCCGACUCCAUCCUGCUUCAUCCAGCAUUGAAAGCUCUUCGCUCAUCGCCCCAGCAUCCUUUAGUUCUCAGGGCAUUUGCAGGGGAGAAACAUGGGGGUCUGGUGUUGGCAGUGAUAAAUCCCAUGUGCCACAUCUCUGCAAGGGAGGAGAAGGCAAACCUGAGUGCCAUCAGCAUCUGUGUGUGCUUGCCCUGUCUUUGACUGUGGGAAUGCAGAGCUCUUCAUCUUCCUAUACUCUGAGCUUGGAAAGUAGCUUGGGCAGUCUUUUUCCCCAAACCUUUAGGGGGAUCCCUCUUUUAGGGGCUUCCCCUUUGUGGAGGAAUUACUCCCAGCCCUGUUGCUGUAACUCCUCCAUCCCAACACAGGUUGGGCAGUCAGCAGGAGGCAGAGCAGGGCUGGUAAUGCCCCUGGAGCUCCUGGGCUGUCCCAACAACCAGUCCCACAGCCGUGCUCAGGGCUGUCCCUCCCCAGCACUGACAUUUCCCAUGUCAUUUUGUCACUCUCCAUGCCUGCACCCAGGACCUGCUUUCCCUGGCCUCCAGCAGAGACAUGGUAGGCCUGCACCCUCCCAGCAUGUUGGUACCACCCCCUCCUUGUUCCUAGACCCAUCCAUCCCUGUGUGGGUGCCGUUGACAGUGUCUCCUCUCCCACACCCGCAGGAUUCCUGCUCACAAGACUCAAGCACGGAGAUGAUGGUGGGGGGCUGUUGCUGCUGCCCAUCGCUGGUAGAGUACCCCAGCCCCGAGGAGGUAUGCUGUGCCGCUGCGCGUCCCGCUCUCCCUUCCCUCCUGCAGGGUCACAGCACAGCCCUGUUCGGGGUGGAGGUGCCUGAUGUGACGCGGCCUGUCCGUCUUUCUUCCUCUUUGCAGUGGCUUUGGUCUCGUGGAGAGGGGAUUUGUUUGCUCCGCCGUGCAAAAGCCUCUGCUUUUGAGGGUUUGGUGUGAAAAUGUCUGAGCUGCGGGUCUCUGAAUCCUCGCUCCACUGUGGGCAGUGGGCACCUGUAAGUGACCCCAGACCCAGGCAGCUGGAUGCUGGGAUUUCGAGGCUCCCUGCACAUUGCAGUGUGGGAGGAUGAGGUGAAGAGGCAGCAGUGUUGGUUGUGGCACCCUGCCCUGUCCCCAGCUAGGAGUUCUCUGCAAACAGCCUUAUGCUGAGAAUCGUAGAAUCACAGCAUGAUUGGGUUGGAAGAGGCCUCACAGACCCCAGCCCCAUCCCUGCCAUGGGCUGGCUGCACCUCAGCUCAGGCUGCCCAGGGCCUCUCUGUGGCCUGGGGCACCUCCAGGGAUGGCACCCACAGCUCUGGGCAGGCUGUGCCAAUGCAGCCCCAUGAGAAGCGUCAGUGGUGCUGAGGUUGUUUUCUGGGAGCAGUUGUGCAAAGGAGGAGAGCAGGUCUGGGGGAUGCACGAGCAGGGACAGAUUCUGCUGGGUGAUUCCUGUUUGCUGGGAAGCACCACAGUCCCGAGGCUGGUGACAUCUAAAUGUUAAUGCUGUGUUUCCAGUGAGCUGUGUCUCAAGCAUUGCCUCUGCCUGAGAGCUUUGCCAGCACUCCUGCACUCACCCAUCAAACCCACAAGUUCCUGGGUUAGGGUUGGACAGGCCUCCUGACCCCAGGAGGGCAUGGAUGCCCCCAGCUGCUGCUCUGUGCCUUGGCAAAUGCAAGCAUGAGGAUGCACAUUCACCCUGGGGCAGCUGGAGAUGGUACCUGGUCCAUGACCACUCUGACACUCAGUGCUUUUCCUGU